UCUCCAGCGCAAGCAAUUUUCUCGUGAUAAAGCUGCUGUUGUGUCAAAAAUUUUCUCGUCAGCAAAGAGUUUGGAAGUUAAUUUCCGAAAGUGCUGCGUCUCCGAAGUAAGAACAUACGUGAAAAAAGUUUAAUAUCCGCUGAAUUUUUCUGUCCAUAGCGGAAGUGUGAAAAGUUGGUGACUGAACUGUGCUCGUGCUGCCAGUCGUAGAACAACUUAAUUCUUUUUUCUGUCGAUUAAUUGUGCAAAAAAGGCAAAUCAUGGAUGAGGAGUAUGACGCCAUUGUCCUGGGCACUGGACUGAAAGAGUGCAUCCUCAGCGGAAUGUUGUCGGUUUCGGGCAAGAAAGUGCUGCAUAUCGACCGAAAUAAGUAUUACGGUGGCGAGUCGGCGUCGAUUACUCCGCUCGAGGAUCUUUUCGCCCGGUUUGGAGUAGAUCUUCCCGAGGGAAAGUAUGGCCGAGGACGUGAUUGGAACGUCGAUCUCAUUCCUAAAUUCCUGAUGGCCAAUGGAUUGCUGGUAAAGUUGCUAAUUCACACGGGCGUAACCCGUUAUUUGGAAUUCAAAUCCGUCGAAGGCAGCUAUGUAUACAAGGGUGGAAAAAUUUCCAAAGUUCCCGUUGAUCAAAAGGAAGCUCUUGCUUCUGAUUUAAUGGGUAUGUUCGAAAAGCGCCGCUUCCGCAACUUCCUCAUAUAUGUGCAGGACUUCGUCCAGGACGAUCCGAAAUCUUGGAAAGAUUUCGAUCCGACUACGAAACCCAUGCAGGACCUGUACGACAAGUUUGGGCUGGACAAAAAUACUCAAGAUUUCACGGGCCAUGCAUUGGCGUUGUAUCGCGACGACGACUACCUCGCUGAGCCGGCGGUUAAAACAAUCAACCGCAUUAAGUUAUACUCGGACUCGUUGGCCCGUUACGGUAAAUCGCCGUAUCUGUACCCAAUGUAUGGUUUGGGUGAACUGCCCCAAGGGUUUGCCCGCUUGUCCGCCAUCUAUGGGGGCACCUAUAUGCUGGAUAAGCCGAUCGAUGAGAUUGUCUACGACAGCAAUGGUAAGGUGGUCGGUGUACGCUCUGGAGAGGAAGUUGCUAAGUGCAAACAGGUUUACUGCGAUCCCACCUAUGUGCCGGAAAAGGUACGCAUCAAGGGUAAAGUAAUUCGCUGCAUUUGUCUGCUAGACCAUCCUAUUGCGAAUACGAAGGAUGCUCUUUCUACCCAGAUCAUCAUUCCGCAGAAACAGGUCGGACGUCGGUCGGAUAUCUACGUCUCACUGAUUAGUUCCACUCAUCAGGUCUCGGCUAAGAACUGGUUUAUUGGUAUGGUUUCAACCACUGUUGAAACCGACAAUCCAGAGGCGGAAAUCCGACCGGGGCUUGAGUUGUUGUCUCCGAUUGCACAAAAGUUUGUAUCAGUAUCGGAUUACUAUGAGCCGACUGACAAUGGGUUGCAGUCACAGAUCUUUAUCUCGGAGUCAUAUGAUGCUACAACGCACUUUGAAACGACUUGCUUGGAUGUAUUGAACAUCUUCAAACGUGGUACCGGCGAGGACUUCGAUUUUUCAAAGAUCAAGCAAGAACUGGGCGAUGAAGAGCAGUAAAAGACAGAUAACAAUUGCAUGUUGAGAGUGGCUCUUUAUUCCUGUAGAAGCAAAAACCAAUUUAAGCGAAACGGAGAAACCUAUCUUCUCCGUAGCAAAAAAAAAAAGAUUAAUUACGAUUAAUAUAUGAAAAAAAUUACAUCUGAUACAUUAUAUAUUAAUAUUUACCGCUAUUUUGAGUAUGAGCUGCAACAGAAAAACAAAACACUCCACAUGUCAUACCGGCGAGUCUCUUUAGGUGUUGUAGGUUCAAACUCCCCUAGCAGCAAACGCAUAAUAUAGAAAUUGUCACACCGUUGGGAGAGAAUUUGUCAAAAUGUGAACUUAUCAAGACAAAAAAUCAAUCAAACAUCGAAGUAUCUCUUUGGGGAAUGAUAAACCAGGAACCCUCAAACUAACUAGCAAUUACUGUAAUUGUCACUGAAAAAGUGGGCACUACAAUCAUUUUUUCUUUCAUACACCAACGCCGAAAGCAUAGACAUUGCAAGACAUGUUUUUGUUGUUUUUCUUUGAGCAGCCUUCAUACUACAUCUUUUCUGUCCUGGUUUAUGUUUUUCUCGAAACAUCUACUUCACAUGGUCAGUAUACAGUUUCGAACGCUACGACCUGCAACGUACAAUUCUGCAGGAAAAAAACAAUGUGUCGUACUAGCAACAGUAAACAAACCGAAUAAGUAUUUUAUUUUGUUGGCUAAACAGCAGAAAAUGUCUUAUACUCGGUUUGCACUAUGCACUAUGUAAAACAUAUUAAUGUAGAAUCUUGCGUGGUUUAGGGCCAAUAAUAAACGAAUACGGAAACUAUCAGAGCUCUUUGCGGGGGAGCGGAAAAAGACUAUUAUAAUGUGCAAAAAAAAAAAUAGAAUAAUCUAAUUUACACACACAUAUUCACAAAAAAAAAACAGAAAAUAGACUUCCGUUCUUAUUCUUGAGUACCAAGUAUCAAUUCUUGGAUAGGUGCGUCAGUAAAACUUAAAUUGGCGACAGACUCGAUUGAAUUGACGAUACAAAGUAUUCAAUAAUAAGCGUGUUUAUGAUUGAUAACGAAAUAUGUAUGGCAAAAAUGGGAAAUGAAUUUAUCAGAAAACAUCGGCUUUUCAAAAGCUUGUACGACAUAUAUUUUUCAGCUUUUGUUUUUCAUUGCUUGUUUUGUACUAUUAACAUUUAUGCAACGGUUACGAAAAUCAACAAAUAAAAAUGAUUGUUUAGUGACAAAUUUGAAACAGCGAUGUUUUGCACAGAAUGUGAAAGAAUAACCUGCGAAUUGAGUAAAUGCUGCUUAAUCUGAUGAUAUAAUACACAAGCAUUCCGUAUCAAAGGAUAAUACGAAAUAGGUAAAAUCAAAUAAAAUGCUAUAGAGUGAACAAACAAGCAUUUAUUUUCUUGUGCUGAACGAAAUUCCUUUGUAUAAAAAAAUGGAAAAAAAAUUCGAUUUAGACAUUGCCAAAAAAUAUUUGUAUUUGAUAGUAUCAAAUGGUUCUGUUGCAAUCAGUGAAAACAAAAGAUGCAGAAAAAGUAAGAGUAAUGAUU